UGCCAGCUAUAGGUGGCAGAGUUGUACGCGGUAUACAGGAAGUGAAGCAAAUUCCAUUACGUCACAUCCGUGAAGAAAGACAACAAAAGAUCAGGAAAUCACGGACAGUUCGACAAACUUCCCUUUGUGGCAGCAGCCUGUAAAUGCUCUCUGGAGCUCCAAAGGGAGAGAACAGCCUUGUGGACAUGGACAGCAAGGCUGGAGAUCUAUUCGGUGCUGAGGAAGCUCAUCCAACUGGUAAAGGUGGAGCUGGAAUCAUGGCAAAGCUCUGGCUCCCUAAAGGCUUCUCAGCUAGUAUUGCUAAAGAAUGGUUUGAUAGGCGUCGAAUGUCCAUUCGACCAUGGGCUAGCUUUGUGGAUCAGCGCAAAUUUUCAAAACCCCGCAACUUUGGAGAAUUGUGUCAGAGGAUGGUGAAAAAUGUGGAAAUUUACAACAGCAAUUACACCUUCAUCUUUUUAGGUCUCAUCCUCUACUGCAUUAUCAGCUCUCCCAUGCUACUUAUUGCCUUGGCUGUUUUUGCUGGUGCCUUCUACAUAAUCCACCUAAAAGCCCAGGAGUCCAAGUUGGUUGUCCUUGGUAGGGAGCUGACUGCCCCUCACCAAAUGAGUCUGGCCGGCGCCAUUUCUCUGCCUGUGUUCUGGUUGGCUGGUGCAGGGGCUGCAGUCUUUUGGGUUCUGGGAGCAACUCUGUUCGUGAUCGGCUCUCAUGCUGCGUUCCGAGAGCUGGAGGUUACAGAUGUGGAAGAACUCCUCAUGGAGCCUGUGUGAGUAACAGGCCAGAUUCUGAGCAGGGUCUGGUCGAGGACCACUCUUCACAUGGACCUUUUGUCAUGUUGGCUAAGAUGGUUUGAGAAGAAACUGAUUCAAAGUCUAUUCCCUAGCGAUGCAUGUAUCCUGUCAUUCUCACCUUUCAACCUGCUGUAUGCCAGUUUACCAAUAAUGAACCUUGUCUUGGCUCUGACAUAAUUGUUACAAACUGUAUAGCCUUUAUGAGACUUAUUUAUACAAAUAUGCACAAAUAAACCUUCAUUGCUUUUUUUAAGCAUCUCUGUUUGCCUAUUUUUUAAUAAUGCAUGUUAGUUGUUAUGCAGAUUAAUGAUUAUAUGCAGUGGUCACUGUUGUAAACUGUUGCCAAAUAUUAAAGCGUGCCAUGUAAUCAUUGGUUGUGGGUAUGUCUCAUAAUGAUCAGACAAAUAAUGGAUUUUUUCCUUCAUGUUUAAUUCAAAUUUUUACUUUAAGAUAGUUCAGUAAUUUAAUGAUAUUGUGUUCAAGCUGCAUAAUCAGAUCUGAUAGUAAACCUGUUUGUCAUUUUACCUUGAAUUUUUGUAUUUAAAUGAAAGAUUUCAAAGUGCAAUAAAUGUAAAGGUGACUUGCCCCUGAA